AUGCCCAGCAUCUGGCAAAGCUUGUCAAAGGCCUCAGCUGGCAAAGCCUUUGUCAGCAGGUCUGCCAAGUUCUCCAAUGAGGGCACAUGGGUCAGAGACACAGUUUUGUCUUCAUUGCGGAUGAAGUGGUGCCUCAUGUCAAUACACUUGGACUUUUCAUGGUUGACUGGAUUCUUACAAGCUUUGCCAGAUGCUGGGCAUGAUGAGAUUGGAUCGAGGGGGAGUGUUGAAAGAAUGAUCCAAUCUGGAUCUUGGAAGAAGAGAUCUGUGGAGAUCUUUGGCUGUGCUGUGGCUGUCGACAGUGACAAUUGGCAAUAG